AUGCGAGAUUCAGUGAUCCCCGGGGAAAUGGAGCUUCAAAAUUUCUGGAGCCAUUCUGUGUUGAGAGAGGAAGAAAUCCGUGCAAUUGAGGUACGAAAGGGAGGUGGAAUUCCGGGGCAUCCCAGGGCGUCGAUUCGUGUUGCAUCCAGACGCCCUAGCGUCUGCGGACGCUCGCCCAGAACGCCUGCUUCUGUGUUCACGAAUGUCUUCCGGCUGGGCUUCUCGACGUCUCGCGGUAAACCUGUCGUCAUGUCAUUGCCUCAUUUCUAUGUUCCCGACGAGGGUGGGGACAACGGGUUGAAUAAAUCCCUGAUCGACGGAAUCGCACCCCACAAGGAUUCCCACGAAACAUUCAUCGAUAUAGAACCGACGACUGGGCUCCUCAUCCGAUCAAGCAAGAAGCUCCAGACCAAUGUAAAGGUUCGAAAAAUCGAAGGCUACAAAACCUUCGAAAACUUUCCCAACAUGGUGUUCCCCGUUUUCUGGGUCGAUGAGGUGAGUGCAAAACAGACCGAAUCAUCUCGUUUCUACUCAGGCGCAGUCUGA